CUUUGAUUUUCAGUUACAUUAUCCCUUACGAUCAAUAAUUCAGUAGACGGGUGCGGAGACAGACGCGCGGCGAAGUGAACCCAAGUGUUAUGUAGUGAUUCAUGAAACUAACCGUUAGCUCAGUGUAAACAAUGUCAGUGAACGCGCAACUCGUCGGAUUGACCGAGGUCGAGAUCGAAAAGAUACCAAUAAAAACUGUGCUAUGGAAAACGCUGAAUUGGAGGGCGAUAGUGGCGGAAUUUGUAGCGACGAUGAUGCUGGUAUCCCUGGGAUGUAUGACAUGUAUACCUCACGAUGGUUCCGUGCACCAACCAAUGUACGGACCGUUGGGUUUCGGUUUGAUCGUCCUUUUUAAUAUUCAAACGUUUGCCCACAUCUCUGGGGCACAUAUGAAUCCUGUUGUUACACUAGCAGCUAUGAUUUGGGGUCAGGUUUCUAUACUCUUGGGUAUAAUGUAUAUAAUCGUGCAAUGUGCUGGUGCUAUUAUUGGCUAUGGAAUACUGGUUGCUUUAUCUCCAUCAGGGUUUGUUGAAGCUGGUGUUUGUACCACAACGCCAUUACUGAAGUAUACGAUAUACCAGGCAAUUGGUAUUGAAGUAAUGUUGACAGCUGCUCUCGUGUUUAUAACAUGUGCUGUUUGGGAUCCAGUGAAUAAAGAUAACCAAGAAAGCAAUUCAGUGAAGUUUGGAUUAACCAUAGCAGGAUUAUCGUUAGCUGGUGGACCUUUAACUGGCGCUAGUAUGAACCCAGCAAGGUCGUUAGGACCUGCUUUAUGGACAUCCACUUGGAAGUCUCAUUGGAUAUACUGGCUUGGACCUUUUCUGGGAGGUAUCUUUGCGUCUGUGUUUUAUAAAUAUGUAUGGCUGAAGGUAGAUAAAAUUAAACCUGAUAUAUUAACAUGGCCGGAUAGCGGAGAAGGCUUGACGAAAAUGUUGUAAUAGAAGACUGAUUAUUUAAUAAUUUUAGUUUUAAGUUUUAUUGUGUGAUAAUAUAAAUAGUAAUAGGUACAAUAGUGAAGACUUAAACGUAGUGAUUGAGGAAAAUUGUUAUUAUUAAGGAAACUGUUUAUUAUGCGCAAAAUAAUAAUAAUUAAAGUACUUUAUUUACAUU